AAAACAAACACGAACUCUAUUAACUUCUCAGAUACUCACACACAACAGUGUUCAUCACUCCCAAAGAGAAAUAGGGAUAGCGAGAGAAUCGGAAGAGAAUAAUGGCGGACGCAUCGCAUUUGGAAAGGAUGGGAAGGGAGCUCAAGUGCCCUAUAUGUUUGAGUCUAUUUAAUUCAGCUGUUUCACUCACCUGCAAUCAUGUAUUUUGCAAUUCGUGUAUCGAGAAAUCCAUGAAAGCAGCAUCGAGUUGUCCUGUUUGUAAAGUUCCAUAUCGGCGAAGAGAAAUUAGGCCUGCUCCUCAUAUGGAUAACUUGGUUAGCGUUUACAAAAGCAUGGAAGUAGCAUCUGGAGUCAGUAUUUUCGUCACGCAAACUGAAGCUUCGACUGGACCUUCUGGGAACAAAAAUGAUAAAACUGGUGUUAAUGUAAAUGAAGUCCAAAAUAAUGUCCAAACAAAACUAGAAGUUUCAGAAUUUGGGAAUCGGAAACAACAUCAAAGGAAAGGAUCAAAAAGCGCAUCAGUUUUUCCUACAAAGAAAAGGGUUCAGGUAUCACCACAUACAAGUACAAGGACUGACAUGAAGCAAGGCAAGCUGAAAGAUGGAAUUGCUGAAAUCAACAGAAAUGAAACUAAAAGCAGUCCUGUUUUACAAAAUGAUGUGCCUUCUAUAUGUGAAAAUGGGGGACCGAAAUUACCUCCAUUUUUCUGGCUGAGAGAGCAAGAGGACAUGGAGAAAUCAACUCAGCAGACAGAUGACAAUUCGGUCAUGUAUACACCGCCAGAAGCUCCUUGCUUCAGCGACAUCAAAGAUUCAGAUGAUGAGAGAGGAACUUGUAAAUUAUCAAACAAUGCAGAUUUCAUUGAUAGUGAAAUGUUUGAUUGGACACAAAGGCCUUGCUCUCCUGAACUUUGUUCAAGUCCACCAACAAUACAGCUUGAAGAACACACUGCUGAAGAGGAUGUGGCCUUAAAAAGUGUAGAGGCUACCCCAACAGAAACUGCUGGUCCACAGAACAGACCUAAGAGCACAGUAGGCAAGCGUAAGAGGACAGAAACUUCUGAAAGCAAAGGCAGAAUGAGAACUUCUAAUAAGAAAGCCAAUUCAAAUGAGCCUGAAAAAGACAAGAAAGCUAAAAGGAUUUCUAAAGUAUCUGCAGUCGAUGCUGGAUUAGGCAAUGUAAUUUAUCAAGAUAUGCAAGAGGGCAAUAAAGACACCCGAUUGAUUCAAAAAGGAAAAUCCAGAAAAGGCAAAAUGGUUCUCUCUGAUGCCUGUGUUCAAGAGAAAAAUGUUAUAUCAUUAUCUGAUGGGGGAGAGCCUCUAGAAAAUGGUAAGGGUGUGGCAUUCACUCAUGUUUCACCUUCAGAAAAUAGUGGAAAUAGCAACAAAGGACGUACAAAGUCAAAGAAGAGUGGUGAAGACAACAAAAACUCUAAAAAACCAACUCAGCUACCAAAAUCUGGUAGUAAAGAAAAAACAAAAAAAUGCUUAGAUACUGAUCAAGACAAAGAGGGGUUGAUUUCCGAGAGGCAUACUAAUCUGCAUCCACCAGGAACUAAUGAAGAAAUUUCAGAUAGAUGCAUCAAAAGGAAGGAUGGAAGAACAUGUAGAAAGGCGCAGCCAAGUUCUUUAAAGAAAGUUAAAUUCUCUGUUGAGAGCAUAUGCAAUGACAACCAUGAUGGUAAAGCUUUAGGUGCUAAUGAAAAGGAUGCAACCAGAGAUCAAUCAUUUCAAGAGAUUCAAGUUGAAAGUGAUCGAUCGGACAUGAAAACUCCAUCAAAAGUUGAUAAAUCAACUUCCUCCCUCAGUGGGCAUACUUUGCUAAAAUGCAAUACAUCUCCACGUACAAUUCAUUGUGCUUUCUGUCAAUCAUCUGAAGAGUCAGAGGCUUCAGGGAUCAUGGUUCACUACGUCAGUGGGAAGUUGGUGAUAGAUGAUGCAAGAAAGAAUGCUGCUAUACACGUUCACAAGAAUUGUGCAGAAUGGGCGCCUAAUGUGUAUUUCGAAGAUGAUACUGCUGUCAACCUUGAAAAUGAACUGUCUAGAAGUCGAAGAAUUAGAUGCUGUUGCUGUGGCAUCAAGGGAGCUGCUCUUGGGUGUUAUGAGAAGAGUUGUCGCAAGAGCUUUCAUGUUCCUUGUGCUAGGUUGACUCCAGAAUGUCGAUGGGAUUCUGAAAACUUUGUUAUUCUAUGUCCAAUUCAUAAAUCAUCUCAACUGCCUAUUGAUAUGCCUCAAUCUCAAUCAAGGAAGAAAAGUAAAUCUUCUGCUGAAAGAAAAUCUUGCCUCCGUCAAGAUAAAGUGAAAACCAAGGAAGAAUGCAAAGAUAGUUCACCUUCUCACUGGAAGUCCCAGAAGAAGUUCAGGGAUUUGGUUUUCUGCUGUUCAGCUCUCACCAAUGCAGAGAAAGAAAUUGUUACUGAAUUUGAAAACUUGUCUGGAGUACCGAUUCUGAAGAACUGGGACUCGACUGUCACCCAUGUAAUUGCGUCUACAGAUGAGAACGGGGCAUGCAGACGGACACUCAAAUUUUUAAUGGGUGUCUUGGAAGGAAAAUGGAUUUUGAGUGUUAAGUGGAUCAAAGCUUGCAUUGAAGCUGGAGAGAUAGUUGAUGAGGAGCAGUUUGAGAUCUCAGUCGACAUUCAUGGAAUCAGUGAUGGACCAAAGCUUGGAAGAUUAAGACUUCUAAACAAGCAACCAAAACUAUUUGAUGGUUACACAUUCUAUUUCAUGGGAGAUUUCGUGCCUUCGUACAGAGGAUAUCUUCAUGAUCUUGUGAUUGCUGCUGGAGGAAAAGUUCUAAACAGGAAACCCGUUGCAGGAGACCAGACAGCUGCAUCAAACGGAAGCUCUGAGACGAGCUUCAUCAUUUACAGUGUCGAGCUUCCUGAACAAUGCAAGCCAUCCAGUGGAAGUUCAGUCAUGGACCAGAGACGUACACGCGCAGAAGCUUUAGCCUCUUCCACUGGAGCCCUGAUAGCUAGCAAUUCAUGGAUCAUGAAUUCGAUUGCAGGUUACAAACUGCAAGCAGUUAGUAAAUAGUUGUGUCUGAUCACCUAUCCCACUAAUGAUUAUGACAAAAAAUAGGUUAUUUAUGCACCAUUAUUGCCUCCAA